AAUAAUAGCCUACACCAACUAACACUAUUUUUCACUUUAAUAAUCACAACAGCUUCAUCGUUCAUACAUUUUUUUUUUUGAACACACAUCGUUCAUACAUUACAUACUGAAAAACCCCAUAAUCAUGGCUUUCUUAUACUCUCCUCCACUAUCCCUCGCCAGUGCCACCGUCCAUUCUUCCCCAGCUCCGAGAUUACUCCUCAAUUCUUCUCCGACAUCAACGUCAUUAAAUCACCACUUCCCAACCUCCGAACCCCUCACCGCCUUCCACACGCCGUUAACUACUACUUCUGAUCCCCAGAAGUGGAGAGUCAGUGUCUCAUUCUUUUCUUCACUCUUGCCCAAAAAACGCCAAGAGCUCAAGGAAGAGCUUCUCGAGGCCAUUGCCCCUCUUGAUCGUGGCGCAGCUGCCACCCCAGAAGACCAGGAGAGAAUUGAUCGGAUUGCCCGCAAACUUGAAGCAGCUAAUCCAACAAAGGAACCACUUAAAUCUGAUUUAUUGAACGGAAAAUGGGAACUAUUAUACACUACGUCAAGAUCGAUUUCGCAAGCCGGGAUACCUAAAUUUUUAAGAUCAAUUGCAAACUACCAAGCUAUCAAUGUGGACACAUGUAGGGCGCAAAAUAUGGAGUCCUGGCCGUUCUUUAAUCAGGUAACGGUAGAUUUAACACCUUUAAACUCAAGAAAGGUGGCAGUAAAGUUUGAUUAUUUCAAAAUUGGAGGUUUGAUUCCAUUUAAAGCUCCUGAUAGAUUCCGUGGAGAAUUAGACACUACAUACUUGGAUGAAGAGUUACGUGUGUCUAGAGGUGAUUUGGGAAACUUGUUCAUCUUGAAAAUGAUUGACCCGUCGUACCGGGUUCCUGUCUGAAUGGUUCUCAACUAGCUGUCUUUCUGAUAGGCAUAAAAGGGUUAUAUGGGUAAUUGUAAUGGGGUAUUGGUAAUGUGUGAGUAGGAAAGGGAAAAGGGUGUGAAUGAAUUUGUAAUUGAGCAGUAGCUCUUUGAAUUGGGAGAGUACUGGGUCUCUCGAUUACCCAGAUAUCAAUACAAUAUAGUUCUCUGUUUUUCCUA